AUGAUCCCUUCUGCACAGCUGGAUUUCAGCCUGCAGCUUCUUCUGCAACAGCUUGACCAGGCCGAGCUAAGCAAGUUCAAGUCUCUGUUGAGGAUGCUCUGUCCCAAAGAUGAGUUGGAGCACAUCCCCCAGAUGGAAGUAGAUGAGGCAGAUGGGAAGCAACUGGCGGAAAUUCUCACCAACCACUGUGCCAGCUAUUGGGUGGAGAUGGUGGCCAUUCAGAUCUUCAACAUGAUGGACCGAACAGAUCUGUCUCAGAGAGCAAAGGAGGAACUCAGGGAAGCAGCUUUGAAGUCUCUUCAGGAAAACAAACCUCUGUCAUUAGAUAAACAAGAUGAAUACAGAAGUAUAUUGAAGAAGAACUUUUGGCCUGGAGCCAGUGACGAGGUCCACAUUGUCACCCAGAGAUAUGAGAGGCUGAUCCCAUUCUGUAAUCCUGAAAUGCUUGCAGGGCCAUUUCCAUACACAGUGGUGCUGCACGGCCCUGCGGGCGUUGGGAAAACCACACUGGCUAAGAAGGUGAUGCUGGACUGGACCCGGGACAGCCUCGCAAAGACCCUCAGCCCAGCCUUCUAUCUCAGCUGCAAGGAGCUCAACCGCAAGGGGACGUGCACUUUCGCAGAGCUGAUCUCCAAGAACACACCUGAUGCACAGGAAGCCCGCCCAGAGGCGCGAGCCCCGGCACAGAAGCUCCUGUUCGUCGUGGACGGUUUCGAUGAGCUGAGAGUGCCCUCGGGGUCACUCAUCCACGACAUUUGCAGCGACUGGAACAUGCGUAAGCCGGCGCCCGUCCUCCUAGGGAGUUUGCUGAAGAGGCAGCUAUCCCCGCAGGCCACGCUGUUGGUCACCACUCGGCCGGAGGCCCUGCCAGAGCUGCGGCACCUGCUAGACCAGCCGCUCCUAGUGGAGGUCGAGGGACUGUCGGAGCCAGACAGGAAGGCGAGCAUCCUGAAACACUUCGAGGAUGAGGGGCAGGCGCUGCGAGCCCUCGCGCUGAUGCAGAGCCACCCCGGCCUGUGGCGCCUGGGCGCGGCCCCCGCGGUGUGCGGGUUGCUGUGCGCUUGCCUGAAGCUGCAGCUGGAGCACGGAGAGGACCCUGCCACCACCUGCAGAACCGCCACCGCGCUGCUCCUGCACUUCCUGUGCGGCCAGUUCACGCCGGCUUCCGGCAGCCGCCCUUGCCCGGCGCCGCUGCAGGCCGCGUGCCUCCUGGCCGCCGGGGGCAUGUGGGCACGGACAUCGGUGUUUGACGCCGAGGACCUGGCGGCGCUCGGGCUGACGGAGGCUGCGCUACGUCCCUUCCUAGAUGCGGAGGUCCUGCAGAAGGACGUGGACAGCGCGGGCUGCUAUUCCUUCGUCCACUUCAGCAUCCAGCAGUUCCUCGCUGCCGUGUUCUACAUCCUGGAGGACGACGGCGAGGGUGCCAGAGGUCGCCUUGGGGGCGACGUCAGGGACGCGCGGGAGCUGCUCUCCAAGGAAGAAAGACUGAAGAACCCCGGCCUGGCCCACGUCGCCCGCUUUUUAUUCGGCCUCGCGAACGAGAGGAUGGCCGGGGAGUUGGAAACCACGUUCGGCUGCCGGGUGACAACCGGGGUGGCACAGGAGCUAUUGAAGUCCGAGCCCUUCUGGACGAUGGACCUGAGCGAGGUGAUGCGCUGUCUCCACGAGUCUCAGGAGGAGCUGCUCGUGAGGGACGCCAUGGACCACGUCACGGAGGUGUCCCUGCGCGUGAAGACUAGAAUGGACCUCGUGCACUCGUCCUUCUGCCUCAGGCACUGUCAGAACUUGCAGAAGAUCUUGCUGCAGGUAGAAAAGGGGAUAUUCCUGGAGAGUGACACGGCAUUGGAAUCAGACGCUCCGGUGGAGAGGUCCAAAAAUGACCAACACAUGCUUCCUUUCUGGGUGGACCUUUGUUCCAUGUUUGGCUCAAACAAGAAUCUGAUGUUUCUAGACAUCAGUCAGAGCUUCCUCAGUACCUCAUCGGUGAGGAUUCUUCAUGAAAAAAUAGCCUCUGCUACCCAUAAUCUCCAGAAAGUGGUCCUCAAAAACAUUUCUCCAGCUGACGCUUACCAGAAGUUCUGCAUCAUUUUUUGUGGUCACAAGACCCUAACACACCUGACUCUUCAAGGAAACGACCAAAACAAUAUGCUUCCCUCAUUGUGUGAGGUCUUGAGGCACCCAAAAUGUAAUCUGAAGUAUCUCAGGUUGGUGUCCUGUUCUGCCACCACUCAGCAGUGGGCUGAUUUGUCCUCCUCCCUCGAAAUGAACCAGUCCCUCAUAUGUUUGAACCUCAUGGCAAAUGAGCUCCUGGAUGAGGGCGCCAAGUUGCUGUACAUGACCUUGAGACACCCAAAGUGCUUUCUGCAGAGGCUGUUAUUGGAAGACUGUGAUCUUACAGGAGCCUAUUGCAAGGAGCUCUCUUCUGCUUUGAUUGUCAACCAGAGGCUGACACACCUGUGCUUGGCCAAGAAUGCUCUCGGGAAUCAUGGGGUGAAACUGCUGUGCGAGGGCUUGAGUUACCCCGAAUGUCAGCUACAGACCCUGGUGCUGUACUACUGCAACAUAACUAGUGAUGGCUGCGUUAAUCUCUCAGUGCUUCUCCAACAAAAUUCAAACCUUACACACCUGGACCUGGGGCUAAAUCACAUCGGAAUUACUGGACUGAAGUUUCUGUGCGAGUCCUUGAAAACACCGCUGUGUAACCUAAGAUGUCUGUGGUUAUGGGGAUGUGCCAUCACCCCUUUGAGUUGUGCCGACCUCUCAUCUGCCCUUAGCAGCAACCAGAACCUGAUCACUCUUGACCUGGGCCAGAAUUCCUUGGGGUAUAGUGGAGUAAAGAUGCUGUGUGAUGCGCUGAAACGUCAAAGCUGCCCACUCCGGACACUCAGGUUGAAAAUAGAUAAAUCUGAUGCUCAACUCCAGAGGCUUCUAGAAGAAAUCAAAGAAAGCAACCCACAUCUGACUAUUGAGAGAGAUAAUCAAGACCCAAAAAAUAAAAGACCUUCUUCUCAUGACUUUAUUUUCUGA